AUGUUAUCUUGGCACAUUCGCUUUAGUCUACAAGGAUUAAUGAAUAGUACACAAAAAAAUGAAGAAUAUGAUCUAGAUCAAGGAAUAACAAGAGAAAUAGUAAAUUCAAAUUCGACUUCAUCGUCAAAUGAUGAUCAAGAAGAAGUCAAUGCACUUCAUGUUGAAAAUGAUAAUAUUGAAUCGAUGCGAAGUGACGAUAUUGAUGUACAAUCAAUUAUUGAAACAGAUUCUCGUAUAAGAAAUAUAUCCUCAACAAAUGACACAACGACAAUUUUGACCGUUGUCAAUGAUCAAUUACUACAAAAUAAUAUUUAUUUCAAUGAGGAAUAUACAAGAACUAAUAAUAAUAAUAAUAACAAUAAUAAUAAUGAUGAUGAAUUAUCAAUGUCAACACCAUCCGUACAUUCUUCUUCUCGAUUAUCGCCUUUACCAAAAAUUUAUAUAGAAAUAGAAGAUAAACAACAAAACAUUAAUGAAUCGUCUACUACGACUACUAGUUCGCCUCGUAAUAACAAAUGUACUGACCCACAAACAACCACUACAAUACCUAAACAAGUUGACGAAGAUAUAGUAAAAGAAAAUCAGUCACAAUCUCAAACAGAUAAUAGUUAUUCGAAUAAUAAAGAAUACGAAAAAAAUGGUGAUACUCAAAAUUUAAUAGUGGCACAUUCUCCUCAAUCCACAAGAUCAUCAUCAUCAAAAGAAAAUCAUGUUAUUGGUCGAUUAUCACCGGCGUUAACUGGACCCGGUUUAGCUAAACCAUUAUCAUCAACAAUCAUGCCGAAUUCUUCUCAUCAUAAUCACAAACACAAUCAUAAACAGUCACAACAGGCCAAUUCAACAACUCCUGCAGGUAAAAAACGAAUCGAUGCUGCAUUAGAAAAAAAUAUCGAAACAAUUGUUACACAAGUAAAACGAACAACAACCAAACCAUCACAACUGACACAAAAUGAUCUUGAAUUAUUCGAUUCAAAUCGUGCAUCUACAACGACUAAAAAUACUCAUCAUCACCAUCAUCAUUCUCGUGAAAAUACACCGUCUAUUCAACAAUUAUCAUCUUCAUCUCGGGAAAUGACACCAGAUUCGAUUGAUAAUUCAGCAGAUGAAUAUCGUAGUUAUACAAAUGGAACCACAGCGACUACCUCAGAACAGUUUAUUCCUCAUGCAAAAAAUGGAGUAGGCAUGUAUGAUUUAAACUCUUUACCACCCAGCUGGCAACCGCCGCCAACUCUUUUACCGCCUUAUCAUUAUCAUCCUUAUUUACCAUCGCCAUAUGGACUACCAGUUCCUCCACUACAAACUCCAACAAACAAUUAUUAUAAUAAUUCGUUAGCUACGCAAUAUGAUCCGGUAUUACUGGAACGUUAUGGGCCAGCAGCAUUGGCCGCAUUUGCCGCUGUACAACAACAACAUCAAAAUUCUUACAUGAUACAUCCACAACAUCUGAAUAUUGCUCCACAAUCAUCCCAAGAGCAUUUAUCAGGUAAUAUUCAUUAUCCUCAAAGUUGUUUUAGAACGACGACCUCAUCGUCGUCCAUCAAUGAUUUCCUAAUAAAUACGCCAACAGCUUCCACGCCGAUAUCUGCUAGUCCUAUCGCUUCUACCACUAACCAUCAGCAUCAUAGUAAAAAAGUUGGAAAAAAAAGUAAUAAUAAUCGUAGUUUAAAUACGGAUGAUACGAGUCGUGCUGUAGCACGCGAUCGACAACAGGUCACAACGAACGAAUUAUCAUCAGCGAAACGAGAUACUAAAAUUAAAAAACAAGUAUCAGAAAUGAAUGGUGAAAAUAUAAAGUCUCCGGUAGAUAAACGUAACGAACAAUUACCUUCUCAUCUUUAUUUAAAUCAAAUAACAUCUUUACCAUUCGUCACAUUAUACGAUAAUACACCGAUAAAUAAUAGUAAUAAUAAUAAUAAUAAUAAUAACAAUAAUACCUCUCAAAAACCUGUUGAAAAUUAUCAUCCGCAACGUAAAACAAAUAAUAUUACAAAUGAACUAGGCCAGAUUGAGCUCACACCAACAAAAGAUCAAGGUUCCGUGAAAUCGUCUUGUAGUGGUGGAUCUUUGAAAUCCGAUUCAACAUCAACAGGAAGAAAAUUUGUAAAAAAUAGUAAUAACAAUAAUACACCGAUAACAACUUUACAAACAUCACCACCGUCACAGAGUAAUCAGGCAAUUAAUGAUAGUCUUAAUAAAAUGUCACCAGAUCUAUCGUCAGAUUGUGAAUAUAACGAUACAGAUAGUAUCAUAUCGUUUGAAAGCCAAAAAUCAGACACAGCAGCUGGAAUGCCUGUUCUUGAGGAUGGUUUAUCUGAUGAAUGUGUGAGUGAUGAUAACAAUGAUGAAUUGUCUUCCUCAAGUGAUCGUCGUAAUCGACAACAACGUCAAACGGCACACCAGUCAACUCAGAGUGAUUUUUUAUUCGAUCAACAACAACAACAACAACAAAUGCCUCCAAUACUUUCUAUGUCUCAUAAACGAAAUUUUAUGAAAGUAAAUAAUACUUCAUUAAAUACAAACACUGAAGAAAAUUUAAAUCCACGAUAUACUAAUCGUUAUAAUCAUAAACAACAGACUAAUUCUAGCAGUACAUCGAUUGCGACCACAUCUCCAACAACGUCUUCCAGUAAUAAUAAUCUAUUUUCCUCUCCAACUUCGUCAAAUUCCUCUUCCAUAUCAUUUCAAAAAUCAUUUUAUAUUCGACCACCACCUCCGUCUUCGCUUCAAUCACACGAUGAUAAUAUAUUGACUAAUAACAAUCAUAAUAAUCAUUUACCACGAUAUCAAAUAUCAUCUCCAACUACAAAUUCACCGACAUUUAUCAAUAAAACUAACAGUGACAUUAAUAAUGAAAAUCGACAUCCGUCCACUACAGUUGACUAUGAUACUGACGAAGAAACAGACAAAUUACUUGGUUGUGAAUAUCGUUCGGAUGCAAUAAAAAAUGACCGAACAAAAGACCCGACGCCAAAAGCAGGUCAACCUCAACCGCCGCAACAGCAUCGAACACGUGAAGUAUUAACUCAUACAAUUGUUGAUCCGGAUAAUUCUUCAGUGUUAAUCGAAGGUGUUCUAUUCCGAUGUCGAUAUUUGGGUUCCACACAAUUGUUAGUCGAAGGAAAUCCAACAAAAGCAACGAGAAUGACUCAAGCACAAGAAGCAGUUGGAAGAAUCAAAGCUCCACAAGGUGAAAGUCAGCCAAGUGUUGAAGUUGAUUUAUUUAUAUCGACGGAGAAGAUAAUGGUGUUAAAUACAGAUUUACAAGAUGUUCUAAUGGAUCAUUCACUCCGUUCUAUAUCUUAUAUAGCUGAUAUUGGAGAUUUAGUUGUUUUAAUGGCUAAACGACGUUAUAUUAAUGCAGCACCUGUAGAUGAUAGUAAUACUAACGAUGAUCAAAAUAAUAGUAGUGAAACAAAUAUAAGAAGGGUGGCUAUUAAUCAGAAAAUGAUUUGUCACGUAUUUGAAUCAGAAGAGGCGCAAUCGGUUGCACAUUCAAUUGGUCAAGCAUUUCAAGUUGCCUAUGUUGAAUUUUUAAAAGCAAAUGGAAUCGAUGAUCCAAGUUUUGCCCGUGAUAUUGAUUAUCAAGAAGUAUUAAAUCAGCAAGAAAUAUGCAGCGAAGAACUGAAUCGAUUUUCAAAAAAAGAAUGUCAAAAAGAAGUAAUUAUUCCAAAACAGAAAAGCGAAGGAUUAGGUAUGGUGAUUGUUGAAUCCGGCUGGGGAUCAAUGUUACCCACAGUUGUUAUUGCAAAUCUAAUGCCAGGUGGUCCAUCUGCAAGAUGUGGUAAUUUAAAUAUCGGUGAUCAAAUUAUAUCUGUAAAUGGAAUUAGUCUUGUCGGUUUACCAUUAUCAAACUGUCAAACACAAAUUAAAAAUGUCAAACAUUUAACAACCGUUCGACUUGUUGUUGUACCAUGUCCACCAGUUGUCGAAGUCUUAAUUAAACGACCAGACACAAAAUAUCAGUUGGGAUUUAGUGUACAAAACGGAAUUAUUUGCAGUUUAUUACGGGGUGGUAUCGCUGAACGCGGUGGUGUACGUGUGGGUCAUCGAAUUAUUGAAAUCAACGGACACAGUGUUGUAGCAACACAACAUGAAAAAAUUGUUAGUAUGUUAUCAAAUUCAGUGGGCGAGCUUCGUAUGAAAACGAUGCCAACCCAAAUGUACAGACUCUUGACGGGCCAAGAACAACCGAAUUACAUAUGA